AUGAGAUUGACUCUUUGUGUCUUCCUGGUGCUCGUUGCCCUGUCCUUUGUUGCUGGACAGCGUCAAAACUGCCAAUACAGCAAUGGCGCAACUAAAUACGACUUCUCAUCCAUGUACAACAACACCCAGUAUACCUACACCAACACAUCCAAAGCCAGCACAUACUACUUCAACAUUUGUGGAACUGCACAGAUCUGUACACAGAAGGCAAACAACGUUGACUCUGCUGCUUGCCAAAUGUCUGGCACCAGCUACUUUGAUUGUGGUCAUUUGAAGACUGCCACAUGGCAGGGAUUGCCAAACGGCGUAAGCGGUGCUCAGGUCACUUACAAGGAUGGUGCUGCUUGCUCCAAGUCAAUCAGACAAACUUCACUCAUUCUGCAGUGCAGUCAGGCACAAACCACUGUCGUUUCGGCUGGUGAGAUUCAACCAUGCAUCUACGCCAUCACCAUUAACAGCAAGCUCGCUUGCCCAACCACCGGCACCACCUCCACAACUGGUGUCACCACCACCGGCCAAACCACCUCUGCUGGUCCAACCACCACCUCUGGCACCACCACUGGCGGCACGACCUCUGGAGGCGACAACGGUCACAAGGGAGGAAUUGGCGGCGGCUGGAUCUUUGUCAUCAUCCUGCUGUGCUCGGCCACAGUGUACAUUGUUGCCGGUAUCAUCAUCAACUACAAGGUUCGCGGUCUCCAAGGAAAGGAGUUGUUCCCCAACGUCACCUUCUGGUCGGACACCCUCCCAGGCUUGUUGAAGGACGGAGUGCUCUUCAUCAAGGGCAAGAUCACCGGCACUGGAGGUCAGACCGGCUCAUACCAACAGAUUUAA